ACCCCUGAGGCUCUUCCUGAGCAGAAAAAUAAUCAAAGGAUAACAUAACCUAAAAAUAAGAACCUCAUCUGUGGUUCUAAAGAUCGCCUAUAAAUCGAUAAGAUUUAAAAUACCGAUUAUAAAAAAUCUAUUUUGAAUUAUCUAUUUGUUAGCUGUAAACAGUGUUUCUUAAGUUUUAUCAAUAAACUAGUCGAAAUGUCAUUAAUUGCUCUUAAUUUUGUAAAAAGUUCACUUUAUCAUAAUUUGCGGUUCUUAUCUCCAUUUAGAACAAUACAUAUAACCCAAGUUCCACAACUGUAUGCUCCAUCAGCCCUUGGUAUAGACAACUACCUUCAAGCAAGAAAGAAAAUAAAGGAACAGUUUGUUAGUUUUUCAGACAAAUUCAGAGCCAAAAUGACAGACUUUGUUACUGAUGGCAAACAAUUGAUAUUCACAGAAGACCUUAAAAACAUGGUGCAUAUUGCAGAACCAACAGACUUAGAUCUCAUAGUAAAAAUGAUAAAAAAGUUCAAUACACAGUCAUCGGAAUAUCGUUUUGGAUCUUUCAUAUUUGGGCCAGUCAUUAUGAGAAUGUUUCAUUUUUUAGAUGCGCCAAAAGAAGCCCUAGAGUGUUUUAAAGAUUCCGCCAACAAUGGUUUUUUUGAUCAGUUAGUAACCUACCAGUUGCUUCUUGAUCUGUUAUAUAACCAUGAGAUGUAUGAUGAAAUGUACGAGGUUUUCGAGAUUGUUAAGGAGAAACAGGUCAACAUGACAAAGUAUCCGAAAUAUUCUAUAGUCUUAAUCUUGGCCGCUUGCUACAAACAGAACACGAAACAAAGUAUGGAGUAUGCUUCUAAGUUGUGGUCAGACAUGACCAGUGUUGGUACCAUACCAGUAAGAAGAGCAGCCACAUUCUUUGCAGCACUGGCAUUGAAGCAAGGCGCACCACAUAUCGCGUUAGAAUCAAUAUCGACGCAGAGGCAACAUUAUGUCACAGUUCGGAACAUAAAGGCAAUAGCCCUUUCAGACAUGGGUAGAGUGGACGAUGCAUUGCCAGUGCUAAGGACGGUUUUAGAUGUGGACUUGCCGGAACAGCGUGACAAACACACAUUCUUUGAAGAAACUGUAUCAAGAAUACGGCAAACGGUUGAGAAGUCAAAAAAUCCUGACCUCCAGAGAGAAUUCGAGGAUAUUGAGAAGGCUCUAAAAGACAGAGGACUUAUUGACAAACAGAGUCUCGACCAACUACUAAAUUCGGAGAUCACGAUCAACGUUAAUAAGAAAACGCCGUUCCAGAACAAAAAAAUAUUACCGUUUGGACAUCGCCAGAGGAAGAAUAUGAACUAGUACCUGAACAGUUAUUGUUUUUAAUGUAUAUUGUAUACAUUGUUUUGUAGGUUGUAGUCUAACUGCUAAACUCAAAUUAUUUAUUUCUCAACAUUGGAUGCAAUGUAUAAAUAUAUUGGCGCUAGUGGAGAAGCAUCGCAGCACACAGCGUUUUCAAAGAUAAACAUUAAAAGACUUGGGACGAAAGUGAGAGUCCUUCCCUUUGUCUAUUAGUGUAGGUAAUCUGAACAAGCACUUUUGAGUC